AUGUUCGUCCCCGUGCCAUACAGUCGCCCCGAUGGAGCAGCCUUGCCCCCUGGCGCCACUUUGGUGCCGGGGGCCUUUCCGCCGAUGGCAGGGGCCCCCCCAGGGGCCCCCUUGGGCCCUGUGCCGCUUGUGCUUGCUCCCGGAUUCGCCCCUGGAGGUCCAGGUAUGCCCCCCCCCAUCCUCGAGAGAGAGCCUGUUGACGUCUGCAAGCUUUUCGUGGGGGGCCUUAACCCGAGCACAACCGAAGCGGAACUGGAGGACUACUUCAAACAAUACGGCGCGGUGCGCAGUGCCGUCGUUAUGUUUGACAAGAAGUUCAAUCGGAGCCGCUGUUUUGGCUUUGUUACAUUCAACACCGAGAAAGAAACCCUCCGAGCAUACUGCAUGGGGCCCCAUACCAUUGGUGGGAACGAGGUCGAGCUGCGCAGAGCAGUGCCACGUACGACGUUCUACCCGGGAUCAAGAGGGCCCAUUGGCUUGCCGCCACGCGGGGGGGGGCCCCCGGGGGGUUCCUCGCCGCAGCGGCAGGAAGGCGCAGGCACCACGGAAGGAGGGGCAGCAGCAGCAGCUGCUGCUGCGCCAGGAGCUGUAGUCCCUUCUUCAGCACCUCCCUCGGACGAUCCCGAAGAAAAGGAGUGCAAGGUCUUUAUUGGAGGCAUCCCCCCUACAAUGACGACAGGUGGGCGCUUGGAAGCUUGGAUGUGGGGUUGGAGGUUUGGAAUGGUCAGACGCGUUGAUUUCUUCUACGAUAAGAUGACGGGAAGAAUGCGGGGCUUUGGCUUCCUAGUCUUCUCCUUCCCGCACUCUGCCAAGAUGGCCGUCGGGCACCACCAACUCGGAGACGUCGUGAUCGAGGUCAAGAAGGCGGUCGAUAAAGAGGAAAUGAAGAACCAAAAAGAAGCCGAGGCAGCUAGCGGAGGCGGGAGACCCCCUCCCCGACGGCCUCCUCCUGGCGCUCAAGGCGGGAUGAUGAUGAGAUCCAUGCGGCCUGCCAUGGAAUUCGUUCCAUUUGAGAUGGCUAUGCACCCCGUUGCGGCUGCAGGGGGCCCCGGACGAGGCCCUCUUCAAGAUCCCUAUUCAGUAUUCCCGCAUGCAGCGGUUGCCGCUGCGCCUGCAGCGGUUGCUGCUGCGCCGGCAGCCGCCGCAGCAGUAGCGCCGAGCGCUUACGGCGGAGCCUACUAUCCCGUAGCAGAGCCUCAGCAGCAGCUUGCGUAUGCAGGGGCCUCCGGAGGAAUGUAUGUUCCCCAAGGAUACGGCUACGUGGUUGCAGGGGGUGCCCAGGAUGUCUACGCGCACCAACCCGGCGCGACAGAACAGCCUCAAAUCGCAGAUCCGUACGAUGUGCAGGGAGCCAUGAGGGCACGGGUGGCGAAGGCUCAGCCAAGAUCCCAGCCAUACUAA